AUGGACAGCACUUCGUUCGUCAACGGAUACCGGCAUUCCUCCGACUCUGACGCAUCCCCCGAAACUUCAACUCUAUCUCUAAAUCCAAUGUCUACUUCCACUUAUACUGUCUCUGAGUCGACAACAAUCCCCAUACAAAGCCAUGCUCUUGUAUCGACUGUGGGACUCGAAACGACCUCGUUAUCUCCCUCUGCUACCAACGGUGGCUCGUUGAAAGCCACCAAUAUCGACUCCAACACCGACACCGACUUCGACACAGAACAGGUUGAGGACGACACACAGCAACAACCUUCCAAAAACAACUGCGACCGGCAUCGAUCCGAACAAGAAAUAAACCCAAGACUCGUCAAGAUGCCUUCCGAUCUGGUCGGCAAGACCGUCAGUCCGUUCCUCAAGGAACAUAUUCCUGGUCUUUAUGCACCCUUCGGCAAGGCCAAAGCUGCAAUGCCUCUAUCGCCUCCCAGCACACUCAACACAAUUCCUAAAAAGGACCCUAACAGCAAGUUCUGUUACCGCCAUCGACCUGAUUCAAAAUGUCGGCGUGCUGCCGACGAGUCCAAGAUGGGCUUCAUUCAAAGUGAACUGAACAGUCUAUCCUCCGCCGAUCAGGAGGCCAUCACCCAUGUUUGGUCUCUAUUCUCAGCUGCUCCCUCAAAACACCGUGACUUGAUGUUGCAGGGCAUUAUUACACAAUGCUGCUUUCCUCAACUCUCUACUGUGUCGCGCGAGGUUCAGGAGCAGCUCAAGAUCGAUUUCCUUGCCGCCCUUCCCACCGAACUCUCCUACAAGAUCCUGUCCUACCUCGAUACAGUCUCCCUCUGCAAAGCCGCUCAGGUCAGCCGUAGAUGGCGAAACCUUGCCGACGACGAUGUCGUUUGGCAUCGCAUGUGCGAGCAGCAUAUCGACCGCAAAUGCACAAAGUGCGGUUGGGGCCUGCCCUUGCUCGAACGGAAAAAACUCAUGGCGUGGAGCCGCCAUCAACAAGUUCACCGACAACCGAAUGCCGCCGACGUGGUAGAGAUCGACGACGAGGCUGAGACACAAAGCAGCGAUUCACGAAAACGCCAAGCCGACGACGAACAUGAACAUGAAGAUCGAGCUACCAAGCGCUCUCGGGCGGUUGCUGAAACCAAAUCGCGACAACAACUUGCGCAAGAGCGCAAGUUUCGACCAUGGAAAGACGUUUACCGGGACCGCUUCAAGGUGGGAUACAACUGGAAGACCGGCCGUUGCUCUAUCAAGACAUUUAAAGGUCACGACAAUGGCGUCACUUGCCUUCAGUUCGACGACAACAUCCUUGCGACCGGCUCUUACGAUACAACCAUCAAGAUCUGGAACAUUGAAACUGGAGAGGUGAUUCGCACACUGCGAGGCCACUCAUCGGCAGUGCGCACUCUGCAAUUCGAUGAUUCCAAGUUGAUUAGCGGAAGCUUCGACAAGACUAUCAAGAUCUGGAAUUGGCAAACCGGAGAGUGCUUGAACACACUUCAGUGCCAUAACGAGGGCGUAUUGUCAGUCCACUACGAUGGCUGUACUCUGGCAUCGGGUUCGAUUGAUAAGACAAUCAAGGUGUCCAGCUUCAAGACCAAAGAGACGUUCUGUCUUCGAGGACACACUGACUGGGUCAACCAUGUGCGCAUCGAUUCACCCUCUCGUGUUGUAUUUUCGGCAUCCGAUGAUCUCUCGGUCAAACUUUGGGAUAUCGAGACUAGGCAAUGCAUCAAGACAUUCCUUGGUCAUGUUGGCCAAGUUCAGCAGGUUCUACUCAUGCCCGCUGACUUUGAGCCUGAUGAGGUGCCCGGCUUGGAUAACACAGACACGGCUUCGGUGUCGAGCGGCCGCAGCAACACUCCUCCUGCAGCGACUGCCGAACAAAUUGUAGAUGAGCGCGCGUCAUUUGGCUCGGGGUUCACCUCCGACCCCAACCGGCCUCUUCCCCCGCGCUAUAUGCUCACCGGUGGAUUGGACAACACUGUUCGCCUGUGGGACACCAUUAGUGGCAAGUGUAUCCGCAGUAUGUUUGGUCACGUCGAGGGCAUUUGGGGACUGGUCGGCGACACUCUCCGUGUUGUCACUGGCGCUAAUGACUCCAUGACCAAGAUCUGGGAGCCUCGCUCUGGCAAGUGUGAGCGCAGCUUCACUGGCCAUGCUGGCCCUGUUACCUGUGUUGGUCUCAGCGACAGCCGCAUGGCAAGUGGCAGUGAAGAUGGCGAAGUCCGCAUUUACAGCUUUGAGGGCGAACGUGUUGAAGAGCGCGGCACACCUUCAUAA